CUGGAAGGAAAAUACUACUGAACCUUUACGGGUCAAGGCAUGGCUCAUCUCGUUGUAAACAGUGCACGAAGCUUCGACGAAAUGGUUGGUCGUAAAGUGUUUGUUGUCGGUGUCGGCAUGACCAAGUUUGAGAAGCCUGGUCGCCGAGAUGAUUUUGACUACCCUGACAUGGCGAAAGAAUCUUGUACCAAGGCUCUUCAAGACGCAGGGAUUUCCUAUGACAAGAUUGAGCAGGCAUGUGUUGGCUAUGUUUAUGGUGACUCAGCAUGUGGGCAGAGAGCUGUGUACCAAAUGGGCAUGACUGGUAUUCCAGUGUACAACGUGAACAACAACUGCUCCACUGGCUCCACUGCCAUCUUCAUGGCCAAGCAGCUCAUUGAAGGAGGUCUUGCUGAUUGUGUUCUUGCUCUGGGCUUUGAAAAGAUGGAGAAGGGAUCUCUGAAAAACAAAUAUUCAGACCGCACCAACCCAGUAGACAAGCAUGUGGAGGUUAUGAUGAACACAUUCGGCCUGGAGGCAAGUCCAGUCUCUGCUCAAAUGUUUGGAAAUGCUGGGCGAGAACAUAUGCAGAAAUAUGGAACAAAACCAGAACAUUUUGCAAAGAUUGCAUACAAGAACCACAAACAUUCCACAAAUAAUCCGUACUCACAGUUCCAAACUGAGUACUCUCUGGAACAGAUUCUGUCUUCACCCAAAAUACACGACCCUCUUACCAAGCUACAGUGUUGUCCCACGUCUGACGGGUCGGCUGCUGCAGUGUUAGCCAGUGAGGAGUUUGUGAGGAACAACAACUUGCAGGAACAGGCUGUGGAGAUCCUUGCUAUGGAGAUGGCUACAGACCUGCCCUCAGCCUUCAAUGAAAACAGUUGUAUGAAGAUGGUGGGAUUUGAUAUGACCAAAAAAGCUGCUGAUAAAGUGUUCCAAAAAGCUGGGUUGAAGCGGGAUGACGUGCAUGUGGUGGAGCUUCACGACUGUUUCUCCUGCAAUGAGCUCAUCACAUAUGAGGCUCUUGGGCUCUGUGACACAGGAAAGGCAGGCGAGAUGGUGGACAGAGGUGAUAACACAUAUGGAGGAAAGUAUGUUGUCAACCCCAGCGGUGGACUCAUAUCUAAAGGCCACCCUCUCGGAGCUACAGGCUUGGCCCAGUGUGCAGAGCUGAGUUGGCAGCUGCGGGGUUUGGCCGGUGGCAGACAAGUGAACGGUGCACAGUUGGCUCUGCAGCACAAUCUUGGCCUAGGUGGAGCAGCAGUGGUGGCACUCUACAGGAUGGGAUUCCCAGAGUAUAGACAGAGCAGCAUAUCUACAGUAGGAGCCAGUGCUUCAUCGGAGGCCGACUUCAAAUCAGCAGCAGCUUUCAGUGAGAUCAAGAAGGCAAUUGACGCAGAUGGCAGCAACAUUGUCAAGAAGAUGAAGGGCGUGAUCUGCUUCAAAGUGAAAGGGGCAGGAGGAAAAGAGGGAAUCUGGAUCGUUGACGCCAAGAAUGGAAGCGGAUCAGUCACAUUUGGCACACAGAGUAAGUCUGAUGUCACAAUUGCCAUGAAUGAUGAAGAUCUGCUCAAACUGAUGACUGGGAAGCUCAACCCACAGCAGGCAUUCUUCCAAGGCAAGCUAAAGAUCACAGGCAACAUGGCGCUGGCCAUGAAGCUGAAGGAGAUCCAACCCAAGAAGGCCAAUCUGUGAGACACAUGUCCACACCACCUCCAAACUGCGGGGCUAUGCUACACACAGUCUGAUCAGGCUGAAUAGCAUGAAGACUGAUAACUCUUUUUAUGCACAACAUUCUUUGAUAUGAUUGUAAGAUUAUUACGGUUAAUAAUGCCUUAUGCCUACUGUGAUGGUAACUGUCAUAAAAUCAUUAAGAACAAACAUGUAAAUAUAUUUAUGACAUAUAUUGUACAUAUGAUUGAAGACAGUUAAUCAAGGAUUAUAACAUUUAUGGUAAGUUUGUCAGUGUGGAACUGUUUGUGAUGAAUGGGAGGUUUUGAGUCAUUGUCUUGGAAUUAUUUUUGUCAGUGCUGUAUUUCAACUUAGUCUAAUAGUUCAUUUCAUAGCAAAAUAGGAUUUUUAACUGACAGUGCUUUCUUUGUCUUCAUGAGAUGGUUUCAAUGUAUAAAUCUCACUUAAGUGUAUGUCACAUUAUUCAGAGAACCAUUUCAGCAUACCUGUGAAAUACUUUUUGAAGCUUUUUUUCAUCUUGUCAUACGGAUGAACUAUUUAAACAGUGUUUUGUGCUCUCGACACAGCUAUUCUUAUAAAGUCAUGAACAUUGUUGUAGAUGUCAUGACUAUGCUGUAGAAGCCAUGGCAGACGGUAUUAGGUGCCACACUGAUUCCAGAGUUGCAUGAACGUAUGUUGGUUGUUGCACAAGCACAUAUAACAGACAGACAUAUUUAGAAAAGUAAAUGUUUAUUAGAAUCUGACACAUCCAUUUAACAUGUGUAAAGCAAAUUAUGAACAGUAAAUUAGUUUUGACUUCGAUGAAAUUUAAUAAUAUAUACAUCUGUAACAAGGAAAGACGAGCAUCACCGAAACAAACACACCAUUAUUGUACACCUUGAACUGCGUGCACUUAUGAUGAUGAUGGCCCAAUCAUAGGAGUCUUCUCGUUCUGCAUCCACACCAAUGUCACACACAGGCCCUUUUCAUUGUAAGUUUAAAACAAAAUGUGGUGAUGAAAGAAGGGUGUUCACUGGAUGGAACUAACAGCCUGUAUAUUUCCAAAAUGACCAAUAAAUAUUAUCGAUGAUUUACUAA